AAAGCGGAAACAAAACGAAUCAAGCCGCUAAAACCCUAGCUCCCCCGCCGAAUGGUCGCCGCCCUCCUCCGCGCACCACCAUGCUGCUCCGCCGCCUCCUCCUCUCCUCCCGCCACUUCCGGCACGGCCUUCAAACCGUAGCUCCGGCCACCAGCGCCUCGUCCUCCGCCUCCUCCUCUCCGCUUCCAUUUCGCCGCCUCCGGGACCUCCUCCCCUCGCGCGUCCUCUCCCCAAGGCACCUCUCCACCUCCGGCCGCGACGACGACGGCAACAAGCCAUGGAGUUUCGCGGCGGACUCGGGCGAUCCGGACCCCUUCGCCCAUGAGGACGCCGCAGCUGACGCUGGAGAGGCGCUGCCAGUAGGACCUGCGGCCGUGGGCGACGAGCCCUGGACGAAGGACUUCGGCGUGGAAGGCGAGAAUGGGGACGUGUUCGAGGGGAUCUACAAGGAGGCGGCGUCGGCGGUCCCGACGAGCGGAGAGGCGGCUCCGGCCGGUGACGAGGAGCAAUGGACGCUGAGUGGGGAUGAGAAGGAUCCCUUUGCCGAUGCCGUGCUCGGGGAGGGGAUCGAUGGGAUUCAAAGAGAGGAUGGUGGGCUCGAUGAGCUCGAUGCGGGUGAAGACCCUGAGGCUGAGCUGAAGCGACAGAAGAACGUGGAGAGGGAGAAGGAGCUGAUGGAGAUACUCAAAGGUCCAAAUCGUGCAUUUGGUGAUCUCAUUGCAAACUCUGGGAUCACUGAGGGAAUGAUUGAUAGUUUGAUCCUCUUAAAGGAUGUCAGGGAUGUUCCGGGAUUGCCUCCCCUAAGUGAAAUAGAAGAUGAAGGUAUCCAGAAACUGAGUGCAACAUCAAGUAGAGCUGAAGUCGAGCGCCAAAAGCAAGAAGAAAUUGCCAAGGCACGAGUAAGACAGGUUGAUGAGAAAGGAAGGGCUUAUGGAACAGGGAAAAGGAAAUGCAGCAUUGCCCGUGUUUGGAUUGAGCCUGGUGAUGGCAAAUUCAUUGUUAAUGAAAAGGAGUUUGAUGCUUACUUCCCAAUUCUGGACCAUCGAGCCGAACUUCUUCGUCCAUUUACAGUUACCAAGACUUUGGGGCUUUGGGAUGUGACCUGUACUGUGAAAGGUGGUGGCGUCUCAGGACAAGUUGGAGCUAUCCGCUUAGGAAUCAGCAGGGCGUUGCAGAAUUGGGAACCAGGACUGCGUCCAUAUCUCAAAGCAGCUGGAUAUUUGACAAGAGAUUCGCGCGUGGUCGAAAGGAAAAAGCCUGGAAAGGCAAAAGCAAGAAAGAGCUUCCAAUGGGUCAAGCGGUAACAGGGUUAUCAGCAGAACUACCAUAUAUUUUUGUGGCAGGUCUCUGCUCUUCGUUGUGGGUUUUCUUGUCAAUGUGGAGAUCUCCUUGCACUUGGUCUGCGGAAGGUCCUUUCAGCUUGAUACUAAAAUACUCCAGCUUAUAUCGACAUGGGGAUCAUGCUAUACUUGAGUAUUCUAUUUAUGAAAUGAUCACACAGCGAAUUGAUCCAGAAAACAUCGUUUGACCUAAUCAAGAUUCAGAAGCUGCUCUGCAAUGAGCUGCCAAUAAAACUCGUUCAGCUCUGAUGAAAAAUCCCCUCACCUCGAUGAGGGUUUCAUGGCUGAGAAACAGGUUUCAUAUGCCAACAGAUGAUUAUGAUAAUUUGCUUCACAAUUUUUUCUUUCUUCUCCAUGUUUGUUCAUGUACUCUAGCCUUCAGGUAAUCAUUUGACUAUGGUAAAGGCGUUGUACACGAUUGGUUUGUGUCUGAAAUAAUAGCUAGUAAGUCCCAAUCUCUGGCA